AUGGUGACAGAGAUCGGGGUUACGGCGACCGAGAUAGAGAUAUGUGACCGAGAUGCAAGUAUGCCGAGAUAGGGGUGUAUGGUGACCGAGAGGAUAGGGGGUAAUGGUGACCGAGAUAGAGGGUAUGGUGACCGAGAUAGGGGGUAUGGUGACCGAGAUAGGGGAUAUGGUGACCGAAGUCGUGGAUAUAGUGAUCGAGAUCGGGGAUACAAUGACCGUGAUCGCGGUUAUUCUAACCGUGAUCGUGGUUAUGAUAAUCGAACAUCAGGAUAUGGUAAUGGCGAUCGCGAAUAUGAUGACCAAAGUCGAGGAUUUGGCGAACGGGAUGGAAUCUAUGGAGAUAGUGGUCGAGGAUUUUCGAAUAGAGAGAAGAAAUUUAGAAGUAGAGGGUUCAGUGAUAAAAGAUUUGGAGAUCGAGAAUUCAGUAGAGAUGGAAUGUAUGGUACUGAUAGAGAUUUUGGUGGUGAAAGAGGUGGUAGGGAUAGGCCAUUUGAUGAACGUGAUGUUGUUAAUGAUUCUGGUGAUCGAUCAAAGAUUCGGAAGAUACUCAAGAUCGUAGAGAUGAGUCCAGACCAGACGAUAAAAGAAGUGGUGAUGAACCCAAAGAUGAAAAAACGAGCACCAACUGAGCGUCGACGUUUACAACUACAACCUCGAACAAAGCCAAAGAUGAUGAUGUUUCAACUGGUAAUGAGACUUCAGCACAUCGUCUGCUAUAUUUGGAGGUGCAAAACCCGUUGAUACUGCAACAAAGAAAGGGAGAUAGCUGCUCGUUUGGAGAAACUGAAUUCUGAAAAAGAAUCUCGCAGUGUUUUUGAUGGUGAUCGACGUCGAUUCAAGUCUAACAGCAG